AAAUGCCCUUCCUUUGUGGUUGUGGACAGACCAGUGUCCCCUAUUUCGCACAGAGCUAACUGGGUUGUUGUGAUCGGGGAUGGAAUUUUGUCACUCAGACUCACGCAUUUGCAGCCUGGAGUCGUCACUCAGCAUAUCUUAGCGUCCUAUCCCGUCUUUAGGCGCUCAACCAUUUCUCAGCUCCGAAUGCCCGCUUUGCGACACUCAGAUCAGCCGUCUCUUCCGUCGCGCUCUCGCCUCCUCUCCAGUCACCAAGACUGUACCCAGCUAACCGUGGCAUCAGUAUCCUUUGAUACCCCUCUCUUCGCCGACUGCGCAUAUCUCGGUCUAUCACGGGCCAUUUUUGGCUCCUUGUGCCCUUUGAGAGGGAUCUGCCUUGCGUCGUCAUCAUGUCUCUUGAACGUGCUCAUCCUCAUUGUCAAUUCCCUCACUAGGCAAAUCAACGAUAUACUCAAUAGUCAACCUAUUCACGACAAAGAUGUCAGGACGAAUCGAUUCUCCGGUCAUACGUGACUUGGACAUAGAUCUUACCAUCUCGCUGCGACAGGGGGAGGAAACCGUCGGAUGGAGGCCUUCGAGUGAGGUAGACUGGCCUAGAACAAACGGUGUGCUCGAUAGCGCCCUCAGUGACUUUACGCAUAGUCUCGGGGACAAGUUGAAAGAAUGGAUGGCGACCCAGCGGCUCAGCGUGGAUUCGGCUGCUGCAAGCACAGACCGACGAAUCAUCUUUCGUGCUCGAGAUGCAGCGGACUCUGGCUCAGAGUCGGAUGCUCCUUCGUCAAGUGGAGCCUCGGAGGCACCGAGGGGAAGAUCGCGAGCGGUGUUAUCCUCUCCAGAGGAUUCGGAUGAGGAUGCCAACAGUGAUGGCGAGAGCUUGAGAGGACUCAAGACACUCGGUCUAGGUCAUAAUUGGUUCUACCACUCUUUUCAAAGACCAGCAAUGCCGAUCAAUGGAUUCAAUGCCGAAGCCCUGAACAUCAAUGUCCAACUCUCCCUUGAUCCAGGGACUGCAUUGCUUACAUGGCAGCUUCAGCAUGGCACAGACUGGGACAAGGUCAGUGAAGGCCUCACUGACGCCCUGGGCACAUUUAUAAGCUCCGUGGCCAGUGAUCUUCAGACCAGUCUGGAAACUCAUCGUCCCUCCCUCGACACGGAGGCCAGCAAGACCAACCAGACCAUUGUUCUGCACUCUACCGUGUUCAAGGACUGACUCGACAGUCAGGCCUCGAGAGCGGCACCGAGGUGAUUAUGGAGACAGUGGGAUGAGCGAGUCUUGUCUCUCAGCUUUUCCAGAUGAUCCCGAGAUAUGGGAGCAGAUAG